AUGAGGAUUCGUGGGCGCAUGGCGUGCAUGCACGUAAGAAAACCAAGGAAGAGGGCCCCAGCCCGCACUAGGUCUUGCGGGAUGAGGGAUAGAAUGAUCAUCCAUGCUGUUGAGAUGAUUGCUUGGUGGUACUCUUGUAGGGUUGAAAACAUUACCGUGGUGGGGGAGAAAGUUCUGGAGUUGUCGCCUUUUCACCAAUUUCUAUCCUGUAGAAUGCAGGGUCGUUCGCAAAUAAAUGUUGGCUAA